UUCCGAUUAGUCGGAUAUAUUACUUUUGGACAAGGUGUUGUAACGCUCCGUAAAGGACAACAGCAAAUAACCUCGCUCUCUAGUUACAUUCUCGCCGUGCGCCAGUUGUUACAAGAGACGAAAUGGCCUGUUGUUUGUUGUUUCCUAAGCUGGGAAGAGUUAUUGUCAGACCCUGGUGUUCAACAUUUCCAAGGGUUCACCCAAAGCUUUCAAGAUCUUCCAAUGCAGAAGUUUUCUUGGAUAAUAGGACAGCUAAUGGCAGUGUUUAUGCACCACUACAGACCUUCACAGAAGAAGAGACGAUGAUGAAAGAAACAGUUGCUAAGUUUGCUCAGGAGCGAAUAUCACCACUGGUCCACAAAAUGGAUGAGCAGUCUCACAUGGAUGAAUCUGUCAUUGCAGGAUUGUUUGAACAAGGGUUAAUGGGAAUUGAAAUUCAGGAAAAGUACGGUGGAUCAGAAUCAACUUUCUUUUCCUCUAUCCUUGUCAUUGAAGAGUUGGCCAAAGUGGACCCCUCAGUAGCAGUCCUUUGUGAUAUACAGAACACCUUGAUCAACACAUUAUUAAUGAAAUGUGGGACAGAAGAACAAAAAAGAAAAUAUCUACCUCGACUUGCCAAAGAUUUGGUUGGCAGUUUCUGUCUUUCAGAAGUUGAUUCUGGAAGUGAUGCAUUCUCUUUGAAAACUAGUGCUGAGAAACAUAAAGAUUACUAUGUCAUCAAUGGCUCCAAGAUGUGGAUUAGUAAUGCUGAUUUUGCUGGAAUAUUUCUAGUUAUGGCAAAUGCAAACCCCUCCGCUGGCUAUAGAGGAAUCACAUGUUUCAUAGUAGAUAAAGAUACUGAAGGUCUCCAAGUGGGAAAGAAAGAAAAUAAACUUGGGAUUCGAGCAUCAUCUACGUGUGCUGUCAAUUUUGACAAUGUCAAGGUUCCAGAGAGUAAUAUUUUAGGCCAACUGGGUCAUGGGUACAAAUAUGCAAUUGGAAUGCUGAAUGAAGGCAGGAUUGGGAUUGCUGCACAGAUGCUUGGGUUGGCACAGGGCUGCUUUGAUAGCACCAUUCCUUACUUAAAGCAGCGUGUGCAAUUUGGGAAAAGAAUAUACGAUUUCCAGGGCAUGCAACACCAGGUUUCUCAGAUUGCCACCCAGUUGGAAGCUGCACGAUUGCUUACAUACAACGCUGCUCGACUGAAAGAAGCAGGGAGACCCUUUAUUAAAGAAGCAUGUAUGGCAAAGUAUUACACUUCUGAGAUCGCAGCCAAGACUUCUGCCAAAUGUAUUGAGUGGAUGGGAGGAGUUGGCUUUACCAAAGAUUAUCCCAUAGAAAAAUACUAUCGAGAUUGUAAAAUAGGUUCAAUAUAUGAAGGAACCUCCAAUAUUCAACUGAAUACAAUUGCAAAAUUGAUAGAUCAAGGAUUCUAACAUUGCUGCAUAACGUCAACAACUCCAUUGAUCACAGUGCAGUACAGACACAAAACAGUUUACUGCAGAUCAGCAAACCAUCUUCAAAAAAUUACCAUCCAGCUUGCAUACUUUACAAUAAAGUUUCACAUGUAAAAUCAAAUACCAUUUUAGUUGUUCUAAAAAUAUUUCCCCGAUCCUCCUUACAUAGCAUUACAUAGCAGUGGAUUGAGGUUUGUUCUUGCAUUAAUAGAAAUAAUUAUUUUUGCAUAAUAUCUUUGGUAUAGGUUGUAAAUUAUCUGUACUUAUGAAGCACUACUUGUAAGAGCAUUAGAAAAGCAUUACUUUGCCAUCCAUGUUUAACUAUCCUCAAAAUGAAAUUAUUUUUGAGAUUGUUUGUUUCUGACAUCUUUGGCAAAUUGAAACUGAUUGCAAAUAAUCUUCAUUUUGUGCUUUUCCAUCUGUGUAUAAGUCUUGUCAGUACUUUUCAUAAUAAAUUGUAAAAUAAAUGCACAUUUUUG